UCCCGAGUCGACAGCAUAGCCAAGUUGAUGAGCAUUGUUUUGGUAAACAGAAAGUCCGCGGGAUUUAGAACUCUUUUAAGAGUAUCUCGGAUUUGUUAGUCUAAUCAAUUAGUUACGUAAUUAAAAAACAGCAUGCGAACUUUUCUACUGUUUCGUUAUUUUCUUACUUAGCAAAGUCCCAGCGCUAACUAGCUGCCUAAUGCUAAUGUUAGCUCUUAACACAGUAUUUUAACGAUGCAUUGUAGCGGAGCUUCAUCCUCCUUUGUUGUCAAGUUAAACUGCUCUUAAACAACAGCAGAAACAACCUAUACUUUGUAUGGCGGUGGCUCCCGCCUCGAUGGCGGAUAAGAUCAUAGUCCUUGAUGAUGACGACGAGGAGAUCGAUCAACCCUCCUGCGCUGCCUCCACCUCGUCCUCUGAGCAUCAAGCCAAAAAUGUGUCCUCACUCAAAUUGCCGCAGCCGGCCCCCACCCACAUUACCCAGUCACCCUUUGCCUCAGCGAAGAAGCAAACCCAUGUUCUCCAGGCAGAGAAUGAGAGGUUGUUCACUGAGUUUGUGGAGCACUGCUCGGCUGUCACGCAGGACUGCCCCGAGGUCUUGACCUUCCUACAAGCAAAACAUGCCAAGGCCUCCCCUGACUACCUGUCAUCCGUGGAGUUCAGGAACACCCUGGGACGAUGUCUGACUCGCGCUCAGGCCAACCGCUCGAAAACAUUUGUGUACAUCAAUGAGCUGUGCACGGUACUCAGGCAGCAUACUGCCAAGAAGAGGCAGAUCCUCACCAAGGUUGAAUCUGGACCUUCUACCUCAUCAUCAAAUAAUCUCCAAUCUACCUCUGUUGUGCUCAAAAGUAAAGACAAGACUAAAGGUAAGACGGAUGAGGCGGAGGACGGGGGGAAACCGGCUGCUGGAGAUGAGCAACCUUCCACCUCAGGGCUGCAGGAGGACAAUAAGGAGGAGCAACAAGAAGCGGAGAGAAUUGCAAAGAGGGCGUCCAGGAAACAGAUAGCGUACCUGGAGAACCUCCUGAAGGUGUACAACGAUGAGAUCUGCCGCCUGCAGCAGACUGAGCUGAGUUUAGACGACCUGGGAGCUGAGGACUCUUUAUACAUCCAGGAGCACAAGCUCAAACGCAAGAUGAUUAAAAUUUAUGAAAAGCUGUGUGAGCUGAAGGACUGCGGCACACUGACGGGCCGAGUCAUUGAGCAGAGGAUCCCCUACAAAAGCACUCGGUAUCCUGAGAUCAACAGAAGGAUCGAGCGUUUCAUAAACAGUCCCGAGGCACAGAGGAACCCUCCGGAUUACCAAGACAUCCUCCAGCAGGUGCUGCGCGCCAACGAACGCCACAACCUGUGCUUGAGCAGAAAGCAGCUGAGGCAGAUGGCCCAGGACGCCUUCAGAGAGACCGGGAGCUGCAUCCAGAAUAGACGUCACCUGGACCUCGUGUACAACUUUGGUUCGCAUCUCACCGACAACUACAGACCUGCACAAGACCCAGCUCUGUCAGACCCCUCACUGCAGAGGAAGCUGCGAACGAACAGAGAAGUGGCUCUAACCCGCCUGGAGGAGGUCAUCACCAAGUACGCUGUGAAACAAGAGGACACAGAGGAGCAGGAGAGGAGCAAACGACUGGAGAAAGAUGGCAAGAAGAAAGAGGGCAACAAAUCUGAAAAGGAAGAAAGAACGAAAGAGGUGAAUGGAGUGGCAGAGGACGAAGAAGAAAUUGAGGCGGAAGAGGAGGAGGAGGAGGAGGAUGACGAUGAAGAAGAAGAUGAAUCAUCAGAUCCAGACAUAGAGGAGGAGAUCCAGGCCAGCACGCAGCAGGGUGGACCAGACGAUGAUGAGAACGGGGAAGAGAACGGUAACGAGGCGGAGCAAAUGGUGGAUGGCGCCAACAAGGAGGAUCAGACAGACGAGAUGUUGGGAAGCGUUAAAGAUGAGGAAGAAGAGCCAGUCACAAGUGGACUCAGUCCUCUUUCUGAUGACAGCAAGUCCCAAAUCUCUCUGUCGGACAUCCCCUCCCCGAGAGACAGCCCCAGCCAAUCGGAGCCCAUGCAGACUGAUGACAACAGGCCGUUGUCUAAUGGUGACCUUGCAGGGUCAGAGGAGCCUGUGGAUUCGUCCAAUCAUGUUUCAUUGGUGCUGGUAAGCACCACCAAGGACCCUGGAGACGUCUCCCCAGCCUCAACCAAUGGGGUGUCGUUACCCCUGCCACCAGCAGUGAUCUUAAAAAAAUGUGACACUCAAACCACCACUGGCACGUCGCCGCCGCCGAGCCCCAAAGCUACGAGGAGCCGCAAGAGGAAGAGGGAGGAGAAAACAUCAGAGAACUCCCAAAAUAUGAAGCACGCAAUCACCCAGGACAGUGAGGUAGAGAUCCCUCUGGACAUGGGCGUUUUCAGCUGCAAUUCUCCACAUCAGGCCGAGCCCAGCCGAGCAGACACUCCCACCCAGGACCUGGUCAGCAGCUCGCAGUCAACGCCGCCUCCCAAGAAAAACAAGGUCAACGUAGCGACCCAGUGCGACCCGGAUGAGAUCAUCGUCUUGUCAGACUCAGACUGACCUUUCACCUCUGACCUCCCACUGCGGGAAUCUUCCACUGCUCACCUGUAUGUUGGUACUGACUUCCUGAAUCGGCCUUUUUUUCCGACGUUUUCCGUCCUCGUCUGUUGGCGCGUAAGAGGAGGGAAAGUGAAAGUGCUGAUUUAAAAAUGAGGUGGAACGAGAAACAAGUUUUUUUUACAAAAUGCACAACAGCCACUGAAAUCUGUGGAAGACGGGGAGAACUCUGAAUCCAGUAUCUCAUGUCAGUUGAUUACCAAACAAAAGCCAAGAAAUAUGUUUUUAUAAAUGAUGAUAAAUAAAAUAAUUUAGAUCUAACAUUCACAGGAACGCCAACGUGAACAGGACGUGUUUUUUGGGAAGGACCAAAGUUCUGGGAAACGGCCUCCUCUUCUUCUUCUUCUUCUGCUGCUGCUGCAGGUGGCGCCGCUGCUGCUGCUGGUGUGUGCACCAGAGAAUACAGUUUUCAUUUUCUGUGUGAAACAUCAGCUGUUGUCGACCUCGGCUGUCUUGGCAGCAGAGACGUCAUCUGAAUCUUUUGGAUGAUACAUACAGUCAAACUCGUGUUUCCCGCCUUUCAGUGCACCACUACUAACACCUCUCGGGUACCAGUUGGUGGCAGCAUUGAAAUUAGUUUUUGUUUUUUAUCUUCUGCUCUGAACACAGAGCUAAGAUCACUGUCCCUUGACUUGAACCCUGAACUUUAGUCAGUGUGCUUUAGGUAAGAAACCAGUGCCUGAAAACAUGAACUGUGCAGUCGGACAUUUGACCCAGACGAGGGGGGGGGGGUUUGUUUUCACAGACACUCGACUGGUGGGGGCUGCAACAGCUCACUGCCGGUUUGUUUACAUUUUUAUAUUUCAAUGGUAUUUUUUCCAUGGAGGAGAGGGAGGCGGCGUCUGUUUAAGAGGAAUUUUGAGAUGACAUUGUUUUAUUUGCUGUUGAUAUUUAUGAUGUUUUGAGUGAGUGGGAUAUGUGGCGGCUUGUACUGUGUGGACUGCAGCAGUGAUAAUGGAGAACAGUGACAUUUUUUAAUCAUGUUUCCCCUUCAAACGUGUUGCUACUUUUAGGUUUAAAAUAAACAAGGUUGCUUUCUUCAUUCAGACAUGUGGCUGAGCUGUUGGUUUGAAUGUUUGAAGGAUGAGGCCAAUAUUUUAUAUUCUACUUCCUUUCAACAAAUCUCACAAAAAAACUAUUGAUGAAUUGACUCAACUCUGUUUCCAAACCCUGUUAAAUUUUAUUCCUCUGAGCCACAGAGUCCAAAACCCUUUAAAAGCACAUCCAUGAGCCCCAAUGUUGCACUGGUCCUUUACUACCAUGAAAACACACAGCGGUAAUUUCACUGAUCCACCGAUCCACAUACAUCGUUCUAGUGCCCCCAAAUACUCACUAGAGCACCAAAUGUGGAUUAAUCUGCCACUGAAAAUAGUUUUGAGUCAUUUUUGUAAAAAAAAAAAAACAGUUUUAGGUUUUUUUUUUUUUUUUUUCUU